AAAUUGUUAUCUCUAUUAUCAUUGCAAAUUAUUAAUAAUAUUGCCAUUAAAUUAUUAUUAAUGUUGGUACGGGUAGUAUUGCGAUUAUUUCGUAUGAGAUAAAUGGCGUUAGUCAAGGUUGCGUCUAACCACAUUUCUCUUUUUUCGCUUUCUUAUUAAAAAUUUAUCCGGAAUCGUAGGAAAGCCAAGUUGAGAAUCGCUACAUUAUAAAGCUACGAUAUGAGAUGGAGCGUAUACGUAUGUAAGUUACUAACGUUGGCAGGCACAGUAAUCUUUUUAUAAGCCUCUAACAUCUUAUCUUUUCCGUAACGAAUAAAACACAUACUCGUGUUUUAUUCCUACUGACUGAAGCUCGUUGAACGACACAAGAGAAGUUUAUAUAUCUACGAUAGCGGCAAUGUCAGUGCCCAGGAAGGAUUCCAUUUCAACGGAAGAUGCCAGAAGGAAGAGAAAAAAGUGGAACAUCAGUGCAAACCCGAGAAAAUAUUUGUUGGUAUUACAAUGGCUACCAAAGUACAAUCAAUUUCAAGCCGUAUCCGACGUUAUAGCCGGUAUUACGAUAGGACUCACCAUGAUACCGCAGAGUAUCGCUUACGCUGCACUAGCUGGAUUAACUGCUCAGUACGGGCUUUAUUCAUCGUUUCUCGGUGGUUUCAUAUACCUUCUAUUUGGGACCACCAAAGAAGUAUCAAUCGGUCCUACAUCUUUGAUGUCUCUCUUAACGAUGGAAUACACGCAUGACAUGCCGAUAGACUUUGUUAUACUCCUUACCUUCUUGGCCGGAUGCGUAGAGCUAACAAUGGGCUUGUUGAAUUUAGGUUUUUUGGUGGACUUCAUUUCCAUCCCCGUUACGUCGGCAUUCACUUCGGCAGCGGCAAUUAUUAUAAUCGUUGCCCAGAUUCAGGGUCUUUUAGGUUUGAGAUACAAAUCGUACAACAUAGUCGAUACCAUAAAUAAAACGUUUAAAAACAUAGAUAAGGUACAUUUGCCCGACGUAGCACUCAGUUUUUCCUGCAUUGUCUUUCUUUUACUCUUCAGGAAAUUGCAAGAUUUUGGAAAGUGCAAAACUGGGAACAACGAGAUUACGAGGACGAAAAAGAUUUUGUGGUUUCUUUCUAUUGGUCGCAAUGCUCUUGUCGUCUUAAUAACGUCUAUUAUAUCAUUUAAUUUGACAUUGCAGGAAUCUUCUCCAUUUACUCUUUCAGGAAAGGUUAAACCUGGAUUACCCGCUGUGUCUAUACCGCCGUUUUCAUCGCAAAUCGGAAAUCGUACAUACACAUUUUUCGAUAUGUGCUCCCAUUAUGGAUCUGGGAUAUUUAUGAUACCAAUUAUCGCGGUCUUGACAAACGUGGCGAUUGCAAAAGUGUUUGCAAGCGGUGGCUCGUUAAAUGCAAAGCAAGAAAUGUUAACGCUCGGCAUUUGCAAUAUACUUGGAAGUUUCUUCUCGUCGAUGCCAACUUGCGGAGCAUUGACAAGAAGCGCAGUAAGUGCUGCGAGCGGUAUACAGACGCCUAUGGCGGGAUUGUAUACAGGAACCUUAACAUUGUUAGCUCUUAGCUUUCUAACGCCUUACUUUUACUACAUACCACGUGCGACACUCGCGGCAGUAUUAGUAAGCGCCGUUUUCUUUAUGGUCGAUUUACGAAUAUUCAAAGUGCUUUGGAAAGGGUCCAGGAAAGAUGCAAUAGCAGCUAUAGUGACGUUUAUAGUUUGUAUACUUUGUAACAUUGAAGUAGGACUUCUCCUUGGUGCAGCGCUUAAUAUAAUUUUUUUACUUCAUCCAUCGGCUAGACCAAAUCUAAGCACCAUUGAGUGCAAGACAGACUUGGGAAAUGAAUACCUGAUGCUUAAACCUGACACAGGAUUUUAUUAUCCUGCAGUAGAUUUUCUUUCUAACAAAUUAGAGACAAUAGCUACCAAGUAUGAGGAAAAAAAAAUGCCAUUGCUCGUAGACUGUGGGAGAUUUCAAGGUUUUGAUUAUACCGCUAUAAAGAGUAUGGAAAGAUUAUCAAAACAAUUAAAUAGUAAAACGCAAAGAUUAUGGUUAUUAAAUGUUAAGCCAGAAGUUAUAGAAACUAUUUCAAUAUUAGCAGAUAAGAAAUAUUUUCUUUUUAUCAAUGACCAUGAUAAAAUUAAGCCCUUUGUAGAUGAAAUAAAAAAAAAUACUGAUGAAGAAAAUCUUGUGAACGAGGAGAACGGAUUAAUGAAGAAUGCUGAAAAAGAACAUUUAGAAAUGGAAGUCUAUGAAGAAUCUAAUGGAAUAUUUAAAAAGAGAAAUGAUGAUAUUAAAGAAUCAGACAAAAUGUCAUUGCAUCGAUCAAACGCUUAAUAGGAAUAACUCUAGCAACUCUAUUGUGUACAGUUGAAUUAUCAUAAUCAAUAAAUAAAUUAUUGAUCGAUUAUACACGAGAUCAUAGGAUAUGGUUAUAUCUGGACAAGAAAUGUUUACAUAAAUUAAUCAAUGAUACCAAAUUUCCAUUGAUACUUAUAUUAUAUUAAUCAAUUCAAUAUAAAAGUUAUUGUAAUUUAUCGAUGGGAAAGAUGGUCACGACGAUAUUAG